UCCACUCACAAUAGUGCAGACGAUAUGGAAUUGUGCCGCUCGAUUAGAAUAAUGAUUGUUAUUAGUUUGAAUGUCAAUUUCUUGUUUUGAACACGCAAAACAUCGAUUGCUGUUUAGCAAUCGUUCUCAGUGCGUUUGUUGUGCCAAAUCAUCAAAACUAUCACUUUUUUAUGUGGCCGCGACAUUGAAUCAGUUUUCAACCACGAAGCGGAAUCUUAUCUCGUCUCUAUUUGAUAACCGACUCAUUCGAUUCAUGCCGUUCGCAUGCAUUCUAUUCUGACUUUACAUUAGUUACACUUGACCUCUCGAAUGAGUUGUGUCGGACAACUGGACAAAUUAGUUGAUAAUUUUGUGAAUUACUCGAAUUGACUAGAAAGCUGGUUCAAAAUUUGAUGCUUCUGUGAUUCACAGAAAUUAAACUGAGUGGAUUGAUCAAUAAAAUUUGUGUUUUUUUUUUCGUCAAUAAAACUCAUUCGUGAGAAAAAAAAAAUAUGGCCAUAAAUUGGACACCCUGGUUCGAUGUACCGCUUGAGCGACGUCUCCAAUUAUUUAGUGUUGGAUUUCUUAUGUUUUGCGCAAUUAUACUACCCGCUCUUUCAUUACUGCUUGUAGUCUAUUUGCUGUUUGCCGGAAAUAUUUACUGGAAAACCAUUUGUGUGCUGUAUAUAGCGUUUAUUUACUAUGAUCGACACACAGGCGAUCGAGGUGGACGAGGCGCUGGUAUUUCAUGGAUUCGAUCGAUGAAUGUGUGGAGACAUUGCGUAAACUAUUUCCCACUGGAUAUGGUGAAAACCGUCGAUUUGCCGGCCGACCGAAAUUAUUUGAUUUGCUUCUUUCCACAUGGCAUUUUGAGUUUCGGAGCAUUCGUUUCAUUCAACUCGAAUCAUUCAAAGUGGUCGAAACUGUUUCCUGGCAUUCGUAGCAAAGUGGCGACACUCGGUACAAAUUUGUUGUUGCCGAUAACACGUGAGAUAUUAUUAAGUUUCGGUGUUUGUUCAGCGUCGGCCAAUUCAUUGACAACGUUACUACAACAGCCAAAUAAUCCGAAUGAUAAAUCCAACCAAGACGGAUACACAUCAAACGGAGUUGGAUUGGUAGUUGGCGGUGCACAAGAGUCAUUCUACGCUGUUCCUCAUACUUACAAAUGUGUACUUAAAAGCCGCAAAGGUUUCGCUAAAAUCGCAUUGAAAACCGGCGCUUCACUCGUGCCAGCCAUUUCAUUUGGUGAAAAUAAUCUCUUCGAAAUAAUCGACUAUAAGCCCGGCUCUUGGGGACGAUUCAUCCAAGACAGUGUCAAACGCCUCACAAAAGUCGCGCCAAUUCAUUUCAACGGUCGUGGAUACCUUCAAUACGACUAUGGAAUUAUACCAAGACGACAGAAAAUCACAACAGUCAUCGGAGCACCGAUUAAAGUGGAGAGAAUUCUAAAACCAACCGAAGAUGAUGUCGAUAGAAUUCAUGAACUGUUUUGCACACAACUCAAAGAACUGUUUGAAGCACACAAGAGCAAAUAUGUCGAAAAUUCCGAUGAAGUUAAACUAGAAAUCAUCUGAAUUUUGUGCGCACGCAACAAUCAUGACUUUCACUUGUGAUGAUCAAUACAAAGAUUUCAUUUUAACUGAUGAUAACAAAUUACAGAAUAAGUACAUAUUGAAGUUUAAGUGUUAUUUUUUUUUGUUGCCAAUUGAAUGUGAACUUCGUUCUGUAUUUUUGGCUGAGGUUUUUUUUUCUUCUUUUCACUAUCAAUUGAAGAGAUUAUGAAACUUACAGACAAAUUCUACGCGGAAGUACUGAUUAAUUUGUUAUCAUAGCACUUGAACUAAGAGAAAUAAGUCAUCGUAAACAUUCGUCUGGGAUUUUAUCGAUAGAAUUACUUUAAAAUUUUGUAUUUGUUCGAGUUGAGUAACUUUUAUUUCAUUCACUGAAGCCUCAUUCGUCUUCAAUUCAAAAUAUUGAUUUAAUAUUCAUUUUUGUAACUUCAAAAUGAAAUCUUAAUUAGUCUAUUCCCUUUUUGAAUGGGAUGUUGGAGAAGAUACAACUCGCAAUCUACUUUUGUUAUGUUGUCAAUGGUGAUUUUUAAAAUUGAUUCUCCUUAAACUCAUCUAGUUCCAGGGACCCGUUGCACCAUACAUUAGCUACAAUAAUUGUAAACUUGUAAAUUGUAAAUCUGAUUUACAAGUCUACAAUUUCUUGUAAAACCUUAGUUUUGUGCUUGAACAUUUGCAAUGAAAAAUAAUUUUUACUUGAUGAAAUUCUUUUUAUAAAGUCGGGGCGUGGAAACGAAACUUCAAACGUAUACUACGCGCCCAACGUAGUGAACGCAAGUAUACUUUGACAGCGGAUCUAGUACUACAAAUUCUACCUUGGAAAUUCUACUUUGCAAAGUACAGCACUUUUUUAGCAUUUGUGCUACAUAGUGAAAUUCAGUUCUAUACACGGAACAAGACAACACAACAAUUUUCAAGUUCAAAUUUCAAUUACACGCAUUGAAAGUUUGAUUCGAUAGCGUAUAAUUCAAAUUUGAUUUUAAAAAUAUUAUGUCGUCAUGUACCGUGUAUAUAUUUGAUUUUAGUAGCACAUAUUCUACACAUGUAAACUAUACUUUACAAAGUGGAAUUUGAGGGAAAAUAAUUAUGGAAAAUGGCAAAUUCUUGUUUUUAAUGUGUAAAAUAUAUGCGUAACAAGUGCAAUGCCUUGAUACAUACGCUGUAUUAUAUACUAUGCAUCUGAAGUUCACUAUGUAGUACACAUUCUGCACAUGUAAACUAUACUUUACAAGGUAGAAUUUCUGAUUUUUCAAUGGACAGUUUCCUCAAUUUUUCUCUUAUACUGGACUUGAAUAGCUUAUCCGAUUGUGUUGGAAUUGCUCUUGGCUACUGCCAUGAGCAAAGAAAUGAAGAUCUGAAAGUUUGGUAGCAAUCUCCAAAUGUCUUCUAUUAUUUUUGAGCUCGUUUCGAUUCAUUGAUUCCUGGAUUUUUCGUUCACUCAUUUCACUUCAAAUUCAGUUGAUUUUCCUUCUUUGUAGAGAUGAUAACAAUCAUUUUACAAAGAACUACAAGGAAAAUCAAGUGCCAAUAUAUAUUGGUUUUGAUGGCCUUGUUUGGAUAGAGUCGAGAUUGAAGUGAAAUGAGUAAAUGAAAAAUCCAGGAAUCAAUGAAUAGAAAUGGGCUCAAAAAAGACAGAACUUCUUCGAAAAUCGCUACCAAAUGCGGAACUUUUCUUUACUCACGACAGUUGCCAGAUACAAUUCCAAUACAAUCGGACAAUCUAUUUGACUACUUCCCAAACAAGUUUUUUGGUCCACCUUCAAAAAUCAGUGAAAAAUUGAAGAUUUCAUUCUGCAACUAUGCUUUUCUCCCGAUAUAACUGCUAUUUGGAUAUUGGAAUUUUAUUUUUGUAUCACAAAAGUUAUCUAUGCCAAAUUCCAAGUAAAUUGGAUGAAAAUUGAUCAUUUUUACUUGUAAAGUAUAGUUUACAAUACAAUGCAUCGAGCGUCAUGGUAUACUCAAUCAGUUUAUUUAUAUUUCCGUACAGACUUUGAAGCAUGGAAUAAAACUUCUAUUUCAGUAAACAGUAGAAUGUAUUCAGAUUGGGAUUUGUUCGACAAAGUUUAAUUUUUAAUUUUUACGGCACAUAUGUUUAUGGAAAACAACUCGUGACAAAAUAAACCUCACUUCAAUUUUAUUUUGAUUGUUCAAAAUGUCAAAAAUAUGAAAAAUAAUUGAAUAAAAAUGGUGGCGAAUGCUAA